CUCCGUUCGUCCCCAUCGAGCUCUUUCUGUUUCCGCAGAUUCGGGGAUUAUGGAAUACUUGGAUGGUGCCUGCUCGAUCGACGGCAUCAAAAAAUUGUGCCAAGUGAGCAGCCUUGCGCAAUUUUUUAAUGAAGUUUUUGGGCCAGUGGGUUCCGAAAGGCAUUCCAAAGCAGAAAUGAAUUUUGUAGAGACGAUGGCAGGGUACAGCAUUGUUUCCUACAUGCUUCAGGUCAAAGAUAGACAUAACGGCAAUCUUAUGAUUAGCAAUGAGGGACACUUGGUGCAUAUCGACUUUGGGUUUAUGUUUGCUACGUCACCUGGUGGGAUAAAUUUUGAAUCUGCCCCCUUUAAGCUUUCGCAGGAGCUUAUGGAAGUGAUGGGAGGUGUUGGAAGUGCAGCGUUCAAUUACUUCAAGUUGUUACUUUAUCAGGGAAUGGUGGCGGUACGGGAGCGUGCAGACGAUAUUUUAGGCCUUGUGUCGCUCAUGACUCCUUACAACACCAUGUCUUGCUUUGGUAGUGAUCCCGCAAGUACCGUUCAACAGCUGCGCUCUCGUUUUCGCUUUGACUUGGAGACCGAGACGGAUUUUGCCCUCCAUGUAAAAGAACUCAUUCUGGGAAGCGUCGAUAAUUGGCGAACGAGGCGAUACGAUCAGUUUCAAACCCUUCAGAAUGGUAUUUUGUGA